AUGCCUAGAGUUUUUAUUUUCUUGUACGUUGUUUGGUUCAGUAUAAUUGAUCAAAUCGUUCAAGCAAAUCAAACUACGUAUAUAAACCCAUCUCUAUCCGAUGAAUAUAUUGAGAAACUAAACAAGGAAGCAAUAACAUGGAAGGCCGGGAGAAACUUUCCUGCGAAUACUACAGAUGAGUUCUUAAUGAACUUGUUUGGGGUAUUGCCCGAACCACCGACAAGGGACUUUUCAUAUAGACCUAAGGAUAAAGAAGAAAUUAGUUUAAAUCAGUAUCCAUCAGUAUGGAAGGAAACGUUCGAUGCGAGAGAAGUUUGGAAGCAUUGUCAAACAAUCGGACACAUUCGUCACCAGGGACCAUGCGGCAGCUGUUGGGCAUUUGCGACUACGAGCGUAUUUUCUGACCGCAUGUGCAUCGCUACAAAAGGCCAAUUCAAUAAAAUGCUGUCGGCCCAACAACUAAUUUUUUGUAUUCAACAUGGUACUGAAUUUUAUGGAUGUACUAGAGGUAGCUGGCCUCAUGAGGCCUUUAAGUUUAUUAAAGAUCACGGUAUUGUCACUGGAGGUGACUACUCUUCAAAUGAGGGAUGCCAACCGUACAAAGUUUCGUAUGGACAAAAAAACAAGCACAAAUGCGAACAGAAUUGUUACGGUGACACUAGCAUCGAUUACAAGAGCGACCACGUCAAAGCCAUGGACUCGUACGACGUACACUCUAGCGAUAUUCAAAUAGAAGUAUUACAGUACGGCCCAAUCACUGCGACCUUUAAGGUGUAUGAUGAUUUUUAUAGUUACAAAUCAGGGCUGCACACGCCGUGAAGCUGAUCGGAUGGGGGGUCAAAAAAGGAAUUCCUUACUGGUUGAUGGUCAACUCGUGGGGCCCUCGUUGGGGUGAUGGAGGAACGUUCAAGAUCCGAAGGGGUACCAACGAAUGUAACAUCGAAAAACAAUUAGUAGCGGCUCGGCCUGAUUUAACGUAUUAUAGCAA